AUGAUAAAGGAAGCCCUACCCAUAAAGUGCCUUGAAGCUGUUAUCUUGGCAAUAUAUUUGACACGCAAAUGCGUGGAGUUGCAGCGAUUCGCCAUAUCAUUUAAAUCCACACAAGGCGAAAAUAGGUACAGUCACGUCGUUUUGGGUGUUUGUUGCCGCGGGCGUUUUGGUGCUGUUGGACUGAGUCGGCGAUCGGAUCUCAUGUUCAAACCUCUUAAAUACAACAAACUUUCAGAGCUCAUCAACGAUUUCCUCUCUGCCUACAGUGAUCAUGGGCACAAGGUUGUGAAAAUUAAUAUCAGUACCGCUAUCCCGCAUACUCCUCAGUUCCUCGAAACGAUUAAUUGGAAAGGUUUAACUUUUCUCCCCAUCACUCGUCCCGAUAAUCGUUGGAUAUCUACGGUUGAUGAGUAUGCUCAAAUCUUUUGCAUUUCGCCGUUGACUUUACCUUGCAACUCCUUCAUCAGGAGUUAUGUAACUCCCCUACCAAAGCAAGGCGCUUCGCUGUCAACAUUUCAAAACAAUGUUAGUGCCGUGGUUAAGAGAUCUCAGAGUCCCUUAAGACCAUAUUGGAACGCAGCUAGACGGGAAGGCGCUAAAAAAACGCUAAAAAGAUUCCAAAAUAACCUUCCAAUUUAA